AUGAAUCUCAAUACAAUAUUAUUAGCAACAAUUGCUUUAGUGUUUAAUAUUAAUUAUUAUUUAACAAUUGUUGGAUGUACCGGAUCAGCUCAAUCUAAAUUGGACUCACAGACCAAACUACCCGAACGACAUGGUCUGUUGACAUCGUUAUCGGGUGCCGUCUCCAGCGAUAACCAACACCACCAACAACAACAACAGCAGCAACAGCUAACAGAUCCGGGACCUGUUAUCACACGAAUUGGUUACACAAACAAUGCCAACCCUGACUACGAGCUUCAGGGCUACGGACUGCCCAGUUAUUCAAAUGCAUAUCAGCCGUCGUCGUCGUCGUCGGCCAAUGCGUAUCAGUCGGCAGCAGAAUCGCCCAAAGCUUCGCCAUUGAUAGGAAAAGCCGAAUCGGCAGCGAUGGUCAAUAGCGAUCACCAUCACCUCCAACAACAACAACAACAGCAUCACCACUCGUUGCAAUACCCGAUGCCGUCAACUAUUCAGCACAUGUACGACACACAACCCAAUACCCGAUAUACUAAAUAUGCGAAUCCAAACACUGGCGGUGCCAUCGGUAGCGAAGACUAUUCAGUUGACUCGCCGGCCACUCAGGACACCAAUCGCAACAACUUUUACAAACAGCUAAAUUCAGACUCGGAAGUGACAAAAUUUCUGAAAUCAUCGGCCACCGACCAGAAUGAAGAGUUUGCGCCCGCCGUCGUCGGCGGCGGCACCGAACCCACCGAUGUUACCGCUGAUACCGAUUCUGAUUAUCCGUCGAUGGCCGCAGCUGCUGCCGGCGGCGAUAGGACACCAUCGCAGGACUAUCAUCUAAGCAAAGCUCAGAAACAGCAGUCAAUGAAUCCGAUGCUCAACGAAGACCAACAGUUUAUAUCGCCCGAAAUGGCCCAACAAUUGUUCAAACAAUACGCCCAAUCGACUGGCCAAGAGCUCAAUGGCAACUCACUGAUGGACAAUCAGCAGUCCGCCGGCGGUGCCGGAGGAGGAGUCGGUCCUACAUCCGAGACAGAUAUACAGACACUGUUGGGUCAAUUGGGUUAUAAUAUACCUCAGAAAUCGCAAGCUGAACUGUUGGCCAAUUUGCAGGAAUUUUCGGCAAACAGUAAUCUACAGCAACAAAUGGCCAAUUUCGGGUCGGCCUCGCAAUUGAAUCCGCAAUUAGGAUCGCAAGUAAACUCGCAGAUUGGCGCCCAAAUGGCGGCGGCUAACAAUCAGCCCCUACAGCCAGUGGGAGGCGGAGCAGCUGGAGCUGGUCUUCAAAACUUUUCGCCCGCACCCGAAGGUAGCCAAUUGCCGGCACCGCCCGGCUAUAAGCACGUCGGCUAUAUAACCAUUCCGGCCGGUACUGCCAGCGUUCCCAGUCUAAUGAAUACACCAACUGGUGGCCUACCAGUAAUCAGACCGAUGUCGCUCAUGUCUAAUCCAGCUCAGGGCGAUAUCAACAAUGGACGGCUGCCACUAGGUAUGACCCAAAAACAUUUGCAACAAUUUCAAGAUCAGUCUAAAAAAACACAAGAAAAACAAACAUCUGAAUCAAAACCGAGGCGAACACUCCUGAGUCGACUAAAUCCAUUGAAUAUGUUAAGACGUUUUCGGCAACGACGCGAAAGACGACAAACUGGUGAUCUCAAUGGACAACAGCAACAGUCAGACAUUGUUCGUAUGUCCACUUCGGGUAUCUACGGUAUGACACCGGGUAUGUUGCAAAAUUCCAACGCCGCCGGUUUUGGAGCCGGUCUAUCAGGUCUGGGCGGUAUGUCCGGUCUGGGAGGAAUGUACACCAGUAUGAGUGGUCCGCAACCGGUCUACGCCAAUGUUCCCGGUGUUAGCGGUGUAGCCGGGUUUUCGCCAGCAAUGGGUUCAUAUGGCGGCGGAUUUUCUUACGGUGGAUAUCCAGCGGCAGCGGCAGCAGGCGGUUACGGUUAUAUGCCGACAAUGUCUAUGAUGGGAGGACAGGGAAUGGGAGGCGGCAAAGAGCAGACAGCGGCCAGCAAUGGUGUUAUGUCGGCCAGUAGUCUUGACGCUGCCAACGCCGCCGGAUCGAUGCCAAUGAUGAUGCCCUACAAUCCGAUGGGCGGCUUCUCGCAAAUGGCUCCGAUGUCCGUACCGAUGGGCCAAAUGCCGUACGCUAUGAUACCCCAGCAGACAGCGGCUGCAUCGUCACAGUCAUCAUCGUCAUCGUCAGCUCAAGAGGAAACCCAAGAGAAUCCGAAUCAAUUGCCAGGUGGUAUCAAUCUGUCGGAUCUGCUCAAAGACGAAGAAGACGAAGAACCGUCGAGAUUCAGACGAUUUCUUGGUUAUCUGAAUCCGAUGAAUCUGUUCCGUCGUUUGCGCGACCGAAAUGCCACCGAAAACGACGACCGAAAACGUUUCGGUAGAUAUCGCCGACAUAUUGCCGAAAGUCAGUUAAGUGACAAAUCAUUUAUCCAUUUUCCCGAAUCUGAGUCCAAUCCGACGCCCACACGAAUGACUUUUCUGAAGAGGUCGGGCCGUAAAUCCAGAAUGAGAUUCCCGAGAAAUGACGAUUCGGACGUCAUUUUUACGUCAAAUGAGACCAACGAUCAUUCAAAAGACGACAACAAUAAUAAUAAUAACAACAAAAAGCGAGAAAAGUUAGAUUCAGCCGAUUCGGGUCUUCAUUCAUUGUCCGACCAGACAUCGGAAGAAAGUCACGGCGGUCGGCAAAGAAGUAGUCGAGUGACAAAUCGACGCAAUCGUAGACCCAACCAGAGGACACAUUUUGCUUCCGAGAGCCGACAUCUGGGACUUAUGGGAAGCGGCAAUUUUGAGGUCAUCCGUGGCGGUACGUUUACCGCCGACGACGAAAAGUCCAAUUCGGUAAACUCGGGAGGCGAAGACCGAUCCGGUCAUAACGAUAAUGACAACCCCACUAGCAAUAUGUAUACCGGUCUCGAAUCGGACGAGUACUACGAUUCGGGUAAUCCCGAAGUCCUUGGUUUCCAAGGUUUCAACGGUUUCGGUUCAAUGUAUAAUACACUGUCGGCUAGUAAUACCAUCGCUAAAGUGGCCACAAUUGACAAACGACUAGACAAUGACGAUGACGACGACCACCACCGCGACGAAUCCGUUGGCCAUCCGACUAUCGGUAACAUCGAAAACGCGGCGCUCACGACCACUGAGCUCAAGGCCAUCUCUUGA